UAACACACAUCUCCCUGUUAAACAAAAGAACGUGAAGUAUCAAUGCGUGUUGUCGCUUAAUAUGUACUGCGUAUCAGUGAUGUAUUGGAUUACGCGUUUGGAGUGAGUUGCGGGUUGCUACAAGGACAGGAGUCUAAAGAUGCAGCGGACGGAUGGAUGCAUGGUGACUCGCUCUGUCUCCGCGAGGCGGGGACUGAGUGAGCCAGACGGGGUGGAGCAUCGCAUCGCCUCGCCCAUCUCGGCGCAGACAUCCUUGCGUCCCGUUCUCCUUGUGCGCAUCGGAAUCGGAGAAGGGGCCGGUCUAUGGGAGGGACUAGCGCAAAGGGGGGACUCGGAUCGAGGAGAGGGGGCGGGGUGGCGGCGAGGGUGGUUGUUUCUCCAGUCUCUUACCCAGUGUCUUUGUCUCAUACUCUUUUGUUAGCCAUGCCUAGCUUGCUGGUUCUCGCAGGGAUCAUGGAGAAAAACGGGGGCUACGGCGGGGAUUUAGCCGGCCCCGGUUUCGGCGGCGAGGGUCUUCUGGUGCCACCCGAGGAGGAGGAAGACGAUUCCCGUGCCCUGAGAGUUGCACUGGGCCAGCUGUCGCUGCUGGGUCUUGGAGAGGGCGAGGACGGCAGCGGGGCUCCUGCGGGUGGCGGAGGAGUUCAAGAUCGGAGUAACAAUAACCAUCACAAUCACGGAGUUGGAUCCGAAUCUGGGAUCUUACCGGGGAAGAGCAAGUUGUGCGCCCUGUACGAGAGCUCGUCCACCGAGACGAAGGGACGGGGCUGCAACAUCACUGAGUGCGUGCCCGUGCCAAGCUCCGAACAUGUGGCCGAAAUAGUGGGGAGGCAAGGUUGCAAAAUCAAAGCUUUGCGUGCAAAGACAAACACCUACAUCAAGACCCCAGUCAGAGGCGAAGAACCAGUCUUCCUCAUCACCGGUCGGAAAGAAGACGUGGCCCUGGCCAGACGAGAGAUCAUCUCUGCGGCAGAACACUUCUCCAUGCUGCGGGCCUCCAGGAACAAGUUGGGCGUCUCUUUCAGCGGCUCCCCACCUGCACCGCUACCUGGCCAGACCACCAUACAGGUGAGGGUGCCCUAUCGUGUGGUGGGUUUGGUGGUUGGACCCAAAGGCUCGACGAUAAAACGUAUCCAACAGCAAACGUGCACUUACAUCGUCACCCCGAGCCGCGACCGCGACCCUGUCUUUGAGAUCACAGGCUCCCCAGGGAACGCAGAGCGAGCUCGGGAAGAAAUAGAGGCGCACAUCGCAUUCCGCACGGGCGGGCUGCAUGAUCACAACAAUGAGAACGAUUGCCUGGGGCCUGAUGCUGGCAACGGGGGUUUGGAGAGCCGCCUGCAGCAGGUGUGGGGGCUACAGGGGGCCCCGCGCAAGCCGCUCACCAGCAGCUACCGCCAGAAUUUCUCUGACGCCAUCGUCGGAAGUAGUGGAGGUGGAAAUGGAGGGGGGAUUUAUAGUAAAGGUGACUUCACCAGCAACGGGGACAAGCCAGGCUCUUACUUUGGCUCAGAAGGCACUCAGAGCUGGGGCGAUCCCGACUAUCCCAAACAGGUGGCUUACUACGCCCAGCAGCGCUCCAAAAGCUUCGGAGGCCUGCCUCUCCCUCUGACCAGACUGUCCCCGGGUCUGCCUGAACCAUGUGGCAACUCCAACGCAGUCGGAUCCCCCCAUGCCCAGGCGCGCCGUGCCCACAGCGAGCCCACUGCUGCCACCACUGCGUUCACCGGCCGUCUCCCCGUGCCAGAUUCGCCACCCGCCGUGGCUCGAGACUGCAUGACCUGCUUUGAAAGCAAGGUGACAGCCGCCCUGGUCCCAUGUGGUCAUAACCUGUUCUGCAUGGAGUGUGCCAUCCGAAUUUGUGAGCUAAACCAUCCGGAGUGCCCUGUCUGCCACACGCUGGUCACACAGGCCAUCCGAAUAUUCUCUUAAAGUUUUCUCGUUUAAUGUGGGAUGGUUUUUUUACUCUGUAGGUUCAGUUUACUUAUAUUCCUUUUUUUUUUUUUUUUGUAUUCAGUAUUCACUUUGUUUUUUUGUUUGUUUGUUUUUUAAGAAAACACAAAACCAAAACAAGCAGAUAUUUUAGAAGCCACUGCUUGCUUUACUAAAAAAAAAAAAAAGUAUUUUCAGAUUUUCUUUUAUAUGUACACAUAUAUGCAUAUAUAUUUUAUAAACGUUUUUUCUUUUUUUCUUUUUUUUUUUUUAUGGAAAGAACGUAGUUCUUAGCAUGUUCAUGUUGUUUUGGUUAUUUUAUUUUAUUUUUUUACCGGUGCUGUCUUAUUUUCCACAUGCAGUGUGGACAGUAACAGAACAAAUAAUGUGAACAUUUUACACUUUCCCUUCCUUUUUGGUGGGGAAGUUUAUUAUUGUCGUUUUUAUUAUUAUUAUUAUUCAAGUUUAUUUCCUAAGAUUGUAGUAUAGUUUUACAUCCCAGCAUCUUGAUAAGCAAGAAUUCUUUUUUAAGGCAAACUAGAAUCUUAAAUCUUUGCACCUUGAAACUGAUGUAAAGUGACUGUCAAAAAACAACAACACACAAACAGAUUGCUAUGCGAAAUAUACGGUUUAAAAAUGGCCAAAUACAUGUUGGUGUGGCUUUAAAUUUGGACCUUAUUCUAAAUGACUAUUCUAGAAGUCCAGUGCCGAAUCAAUAUUUUAACGGGUAAUUGACGAGUAAAACGGAGAAAAAAGUUGGUUUGGUCAAGGAGUAGGUCCUCUUUUUUUCUUUCUUUUUUUCUGAAAGCCUUUUGAGCCUUUUGUUUUAUGUAUUAGAAAACAAUGUUUUAUUGGGUACAAAUUCCUGUUAUCACAAAACAAAAACGUAGUUUUCAAAGUGUUGGGCAGCAAAAGCAUUGGAAUUCAUCAGCAGUCUGUUGUUCAAGACAACCCCCAUUCAUUUUAUUUUAGGAACCUUUUCAUUUGGCUCCUUGCUUUGUGAUUGCACACAGUAAGUUUAUGAAUGAUUUUUUUUUUCACACAUUAAACUGUAAAAUGCUGAUUACAAGCACAAGGCAUGAGAUGAAGUAAAAUAGGGGUGAUUGAAGGGAGGGGGGCCUGUAAUCUGAUCCUGAAUAGACCCAAGUAGACAAAAGACAGCGAGACCCCGAGCUACAGUACAUUGUAAAGCACCCACUCCCUCAGUCCCCGUGGUCUUACAUUUGAGUUGCAAAGCGCACACUGCCUUACUGUCUGUUUUAACGGAGGCAGGUGUUUCAUAUCGUACUUUAGAUGGAGUUUUUUUUUUCUUUUUGUGGUCGGCCUGAAAGGGGGAGACGUAGUGCUCUAAUUCUACUUGCCCGUCAAUCGUUCCAUGCAUUGCCGGUAAUGACUAUAGUUUGAGCUCCAGAGCUCCUCCCAGAGAGUAUAUUGUUUUGUUGCAGUAAUGGUACGGUCCCCGGAGCGCCCCAACAUGGCCUGCCCUACGAGGAGCUGAUAAUUAGCCAUACAUCAGAGUCCAGGUGCAAAGCAACUGCUGGAGAAAGGAGGGGGCCAGUGUACAGUGGCGUGAAUGGACACAACACCACGCAGGGGGCCACAUCUAUCCCCAGCGCUCAACUAGGUGCAGCUGGGGCCCCUCCUGUCGAUCACUCGCUCCCGAUUCUCCCUGCCCCUCAGAGCCAUGCUAUUCCCAUUGGGGAAAGAGGGGCCUCCUUUGUCCUGCCAUUGGGAAAAAAAAUUCAAGAGCAGAUUUUAUUUCAAAGAGAGAGGCAGAGAGUGAAUGGUGACUAGAUCGUCCAAUUGUCUGAUUUAACCCAAAGCAAUUUAUUGAAACUUUUUUUUUGUUGAGUUUAUUAAAGAAAUAUUCUGGGUUUAAGACAAGUUAAGCUUAAUCAACAGCAUUUAUGCCGUAAUGUUGAUUCCCGAAAAAAAUCUUUAGUAAACCAAAUGCAAAAGUCAUUGUUACAGUGAGGCACUUACAAUGGAAGUGAAUGGGGACAGUCCAUAAACACUAAAAUACACAUUGUUUGAAUAGUAUAGCCACAAAACCGAAACAUUAUACACGUUAACAUGAAUUUAGUGUAAUAAAAGUGCUACUAACAUUAUCUGUGAAAGGUUAUCGAUAAAAUAUAAAGUUCCAGGAUAAUUUUGGACAGUGUGUAUUUUAAUGUUUACAUAUUGGCCCCAUUCACUUCCAUUGUAAGUGGCUCAAUUUAAAACAAGGGGCAUAUUGAUUUUUUUCAGGAAUAAACAUUAUGCCACAAAUGGUGUUAAUUCAGUUUAACAUGUAUUUAACCCGAAACAUUCCUUUAAAGGGAUAGUUGAUGAAUAUGAAAAUGAAUAUUCUGCCAUUGUUUACUUACUCUCAUUUUGUUCCAAACCCGAAUGACAGUCUCAGUCACCAUUCACUUUCAUUGCAUGGGUAGAAGUGAAUGGGAACUGAGGCUAACAUUAUAACUAACAUUUCCCUUUGUGUUCUACAAAAGAAAGUAAGUCAUAUGGGUUCAGAUCAAUAAAUAAUGACAUGUAUUUUCAUUUUUGGGUGAACUAUCCCUUUAAGAGCCUUCCGAAUUCUCAGUCCAAUCUUACCUUAUCCUCAUUUAUUAUGCACGAGAGGCAGGCCAUCAAAGUUUUCAUAAAGUCUUCCUUCAUAAGGGGGACGUCCUGCCAUGGCUGCCCUGCCAGUACAUGGUCACAAGCAGCCAAUAGGAGAGCAGCAUUGAACUGCACAAUGAAAUCAGACAAUUGUAAUUGACAAAAAAGCUGGAGGAAACGCCCAAUUUGGUGGCCGCUCAUGCUGAAUCAAAUUACACACCCACAGCCUGUCACAUUGCAGGCUAGGGGAUUUCGGAAUAGGGGAUUAGAGCGUUUGGAGGGAUAGUGAACAGUCUUUUUUUUUUUUCUUUUGCUCUCGCUAGAAGGCCACUACGAAAGAAUGGAGCCACUGAAAAUGUAGUCUGCUUGAAAUGGGUCCGUUCUACCCCUGUCGAGCCUCUCUGCCCCACUGCCACAUAUGUGCGGUGGUUGAAGAUAUGUUAGGGUAAGCUUGUGAUUGUAAUGACUAACUAUAACAAAAAAUGACCUUUGAGCCAUUAGCAUCUUAAAUAUUCCUUUUGAAAAACUUUUGAUGCUCAGUUGACUGUUACAGCAGAAAAUGUUUUGUUUGCCUCAUCCGAAUCCAUGUAUUAUGGCUGUAUUACUGCCUGACAGUGUUUUGUUUGUUUGUUUUUUAGUUUGGUUGAUUUGUCUGAUGAACAAAUAGGCCUACUUGGUGUAAUAAGGUACUUUAUUUAAAUUAAAAUAUCUUAUGACCCUUUUAGUAACUUUCAGAUUUGUUAAAGAAACAAAAACUGAAGAAGCUUAACAAAGUAAAGCUCUUAUAAGCACCUUAUUUUUUAGAAAACGAACCGCAUUUGCAAUCGAAAAGCAUUUACAUUUUGAGACAAACUCUACCCUCCGACAACAAGAAAUAUUGUUAUUAUUGCACUAAGCUUGCAUUUUUGGUAUAGUUGAUUCUAUUUGCACUGAUUGCAUAUGUUGGAUAAGUCGCCCGAUUAGUAUGUAUUGAUUAUUAAGAAGCAGCAGCUUAAUUUAGUUUUAAAAUGAAAGAUCAACAAUACAAGUUAAUGAAAAGAGAUGUGUGUUCUACAUUUUCCCAGCACUGAUUAGGGACAGACGCUUGUCCUUUGAAGGAAUGCAUGUGCAUUUUGGUCAGUUUAUAAAGCCAAAACAAUUAUAUGCAAACCUGAAUGAACUGCUCUUUUUUUUAACCACAUUUGUCUGUCUAUAAUAUUAUCCUGCUUCUUUUAAGGUCAGUAGGUCAGCUUGCGCAGGAAACAGCAAUAACUGUCUUAAUAGUCAACAAGAUAUCAGAGGUACACUUGAAAAAAAGCAUUGGAGAGCCAGAUUUUCAACUUUAAUUUAAUCGUCACAUAUAUAUCCUAUCCAAAAAUGCUUUGCAGUGGUUGAUAACCCUAAGAAUUUUUAAAGCUAUAGUUACAUUUCAUACAUUCCAUAAAAGCCCUUAGAAGUAUGUCUUUUUAACAAUGAAACAAAAACUGUAAUGAUAUUUUUUUCUCAGUUUGCAAAUGCAGCACUUCAAAAGUUUCGUUUCUUAACCAAACAUCGCAACGUAGAGUGAUGAUUUACUUAAAAGAAUGUAGCCUGAAUCCGUGAAGACGAUGCUGUAAAUGUGCUUAGAGCGAGAUAUUAUUCAAUACAGUGUAACAGGCUUUGAAAGGGAUACAUUUUAACUCUUUAAAAGACUAUAUAUAGCCAAUCACAGUAAAACCUUUUUUGAGUAUUAUUUAUUUGAUAGUAAUAAGACUAUAUUUAUUGACAUUUAGGGAGAUAUAUAAAAAGACUGACUACCAUAGGCAUAUCAUUAGAUAUAUUUCACUAUAUAAGCAAUUCUGAAAAUAUUGUAAUAGUUUUAACAGUGUACUUUGUAAGUUUUUAAUAAUGCAUAAGGCGUCGUCCCAAAAGAAGUGUGGCGUAAAUGAUGCCCAAAAAAUAAAUUUUAAACAUGAAGACAAUUGAAGCUUUUCAGAAAAUAUAUGACCAAAAAUUAGGGUUGUCACAAUCAAAAAAGGGACUGAACCACAUUGCUUUUCCUAGAGCUGGUAAUGAAUGCAUAAAGUUAUGAACAUAUAAAGAAAAUAUCUAAAAACCCUAAAGACAGGAUAUACUGCGUAUAUGAGGAGCCCAGAUGAAUAUACAUCUAUUUAAAAUGCAUAUCAUGAUGGUUUAGUUAUCUUAAUUUAAAUACUGUAAACGCAGCUGGCAAAUUCAAUCAUAAUUUCAGAAGGACAAGGGCACUACCGUAAUGCCAAAUUUAAAACACGAAUUGCCCUUGCAACAAAAAAAACAAACAUUUUGAUAGAGAGGAAAUAGGGGAGUGGUCAAGACAUAGGAGUACAGAUUCACAAGGGAAGUGGUCAAGUUUAAAAUCGAACAGGUUAAACAAGAAUGUGUUGUCUAAAGUGAAGCUCAGUAAUAUAAGAACCACUGUGAAUUGUUAUCUUUAUUUUUAUUUUUUCCAGUAAUGACUUGGUGUUGUUAAAUAGUUGCAAUUCAACAGCUUCUCUCGCUUCUUUUGGUUGUGCAUGCUGAGAAAUUAUUUUACAGAGCGUUAUUUACCUUUAAACAGCUGAGAUCUGUGUAGAGAAAAUAUAACAGAGCCACUAAAUGGUGUACAAUGAAAUCCGUUUAUUUUUCCAAACAUAUUUCUCUUACCCAACAUAAAGUAUCUAAUGCACAAAAUACCCAACGAAUACCUUGCAUUACCAUAUUGGAUAUAUUUCCAUUUUUAGCCUUGUUGAUAUUUUCACGUUUGUUUUUUUUAUUCGCCUGAUUAGAUGAGAAGUAUAUACCCUUAUAUGUUCUUUCAUAAGAAAUAGAAAAGCUGCAUGCAUUUAUCUAUAACCACUGCAGCAUUCAUUCCAUAGAAUCAACAGAGAACAUAUAGACGAUGCACAUAAGCAACUCUAACGCCUUUUUCAAUAUAGUACAAAGGGCAAAUAAUGUAUUUGAAUGUAAAAACGGCCACCCAACCAAUGUCUAAUUUUGCCUUUUAUUUAUCAAAAGUGAGCUUUAAGUUGAAAUUCAUGGCUAGAGAAAUACCACCAUAUCUAUUGAGGUUCUUCCUCACAGCAUUUAUACAAAGCAACUUACUUAAAAGGGGGAAAAAAUGUCUUAUAGCUGUUUCGUAAGAUUCUAUUUUGCUAACAUGCAUUAUUAUUUCAUAGACAGAGGAAGAGGUCAGUAUCUGGAUGUUAUUUAUGAAUAUCUUUAAUGAAGCAAACAUAUUUAUAAGUAACCUCAAGACAUUUUGUUUUUUAAUUAAAUUAAAAAGUUAAUAUAUUUCUAAAAUGCAUGAAGUUGAUUUCUACUAAAAUGAUUAAAACUAUAGAAUUUUUAUUUAUGAAAGUUAGAAAAAUCCUUCACACUUCUGACAGGAUUAAACAAGCGGGGCGGGGUGUCAAAGGCUUAUAUUUUAACGUCAGAGAUGUGCCGGUUUAAAGACUUGCGUUAGCAAUGGGAUAACGACAGAAAAUAUUUUAUAGGAUUUGGGGGUAUUUUAGUCACUUCAAGUUUGUGCCUCAAUAACGCAUUUUUGCAUAGUAAAAGCACUCAGAAGUGUUGCGUGCUCCACACCAUAUAGCUGAGUAAAUGAAGAGUCCCUUCCUUCUUUUAAAUUAAUUUGCUGUCCUUUGAUUUCAAUGCAGUUAUUAUAAAGUGAAUGAGUUUAACAGGGUGAAACAUAAACAUGCACACACACACAUAUUAAUACAAGCAAAAACAUGUAAUGACUUUCCGAUUUCCAAUUGUUUCAAACUAUGCAUGACACAAAAUUUUAAUUUAUUUUCUGCAAAUCAGAUAUUCAGUUAUCAUAUUUGUUUUCAGAUACAGUAAUAGUUCUGCGCAGAUCUCGAGCACACUUACAGUAAUACAAUUAUUUGCAUGUAACUUGUAUUAACACUUAACAGGAUAACAGAAGUCAACAUUGCAACCCAAUUUACUUCCAUAAUGUGACGUUUUUCCAAGUGAUAUUCAACGAGGGGGGAAAAAAAAUGUAGGGCGGGACUUUAUUUUAAAAGUUGGGCGUUCCAUACCAGAAUGGAGCCACACCUGAAUUUAAAUGAGCUAAAACCAAGCCUGAAUAGCUUAUACAAUUAUCGCAAGUCAUUUCAGAGAAAAAGCAAGUUAUUACAUUACGAUUAAAGAUUACAAAGACAAAAUGUUUUAUUUGAAAUGACAUGCACUGAUAGAUCAUUCACAAUAGGACCGGGAACAUGCAUUAAGAAAGUAAAUAGGGUAAACUUAGAUGUCACAUUGACUUUAUCACAUACAAAUUAGGCUCAUGUACAAACUACACUCAAGGGAUGAUGAUAACUUUUCAUUAUUACCAUGAGUGUAACGUAAAAGCGGUGAACUUUUGUUUACACUGAAACGCAUUUUCACAAUACUUCAUGGUGAACACGCAUCUCGACUCUUUGUUUUGGCUCUGUGGUGGCAAUGAUAGUUGUGUAGUGGUUUCAAUUUCAGUCUGACAGGAACACGGGGGUUAGGUGGGUCAUUUCAGUGACCUCGCUUCUGGGAUGGGUUACUCCAGUCCGACAGUCUGUAUUUGGUAGCUUCCAGCACAGUAGAAGUGUUUCAUACAGUUCUCAUAGUGGUCUUAGUGCAUUAGUUUGGUCAAGCAUCUCCUGGUAAUAGUGUUCAAUUUAUUGUUGAUAAACAAGGGGUUUGCCAUAUCAUAGACGAGGCUAGCCGAUACUCCAUGAGUCAUUUCAUUUCAUGAUUUCAGUAUGGUGUCCACACGAGGCACGCAAAUUGCAGGUUUCUCUUCUUAGAACAUGUUAUUUGUGAGUUUCAUUUUUGAUAUUUGAUCAAUGUAUCUAUGCCAUACUAGUUUUGAUUUUUUGUUAUUUUCAGAAAACUGUAUUGUAAAUGUUUCUAAUAAAACAAACUGAAUAAUCUG